CCGGGCAUAGACUAGUGGUGGGGUAUCCUCAAGCCUGAAACAUUGCGAGCAUCCAACGCUCUGAGCCCAUACCAUCAUUACCGUUAACUCUUUCUCGAGCUUCCUUCCCCGUUUCUGUGUGACUGUCUCCGUCACCCUCUCACACAGGCAGAGGCAGAGAGGUUGCUAGAGGCAGUGAAUAGGGCAUUACUAGCGUCGUCUCUUUCUCUGUUUCUCUAAAACACGAUGCUUUAUCCCCGGCCACCGCUCCAUUUUUCUUUUCUCGCCAUCUUUCUCUUCCUUACCCUCCCACACGCAGCUUCUCACUCUCACUUUUCCUUUUCACUCCUCCGAGAUCAACCCAUUCCAGUGGGAGAAAGCGAGGACAGUAUUGUGGGUUUUUACCAGAAGACUUUGCCAGAAAGGUCCCUCCUCUUAGAUGAUAUAGCGGCCGAACCAUUUGAGAACUCGCCCAUUCCAUUUGAGAACUCCCCCAUCCCAUUUGAGAAUUCACCCAUUCCAUUAGCUGCUGAGAGAACACGAAGAAAUGACCCUCUUAAUGGGUUCAAAAAGUACACCAACGGAUGGAACAUCAGAGACCGCCAUUACUGGGCUUCUGUAGCAUCUACUGCCGUUCCUGUAUUUGUUGUCGCUGCAAUCUGGUUCCUGGGCUUUGGCGUGUGCUUAUUGCUCAUAUGUCUCUGUUGCUGCUUUCCUAAAAGAGAGCCUUAUGGUUAUUCUCCAGCAUGUUAUGCUGCUUCCCUCAUUCUCCUCAUAUUAUUCUCGUUUGUAGCAAUGAUUGGAUGUUUCAUUCUCUAUGUUGGUCAGGGAAGCUUUCAUCAUAGUACCACAACAACAUUGGAGUAUGUUGUAGGUCAGGCUGAUUCUGCUGUGGGUAAACUCAGAAAUGUAUCUGACUAUCUUGCUCAAGCUAAACAGGUUGGAAUUGAUAGAGUUUUUCUCCCCACUAAUGUUCAAACUGAUAUCGAUGACAUCCAAGCGAAGAUCAAUGCUUCUGCUGGCACACUCGCUGAUCAAACUGAGAAAAAUGCAGAUGACAUCCAAGAUCUCUUAGAUUCUGUAAGGGUGGCGCUUAUCAUAAUAGCUGCUGUUAUGCUACUCUUGACAUUUCUCGGAUUUUUGUUCUCCAUCUUUGGACUACAGGUUCUCGUGUACAUCUUGGUGAUCGCAGGAUGGAUUUUGGUUACAGGUACCUUUAUUUUAUGUGGCUUCUUCCUCCUUCUCCACAAUGUGACAGCAGACACUUGUGUAGCUAUAGAUCAAUGGACUCAGUUUCCCACUGAACAUACAACGAUGGAUGAAAUUCUGCCAUGUUUGGACAAUACCACCGCGCAAGAAACCUUGUCAAGAAGCAAAGAAGUAACCUCUGAACUAGUCAACUUGGUUAACCAGGUCAUCACCAACGUAUCGAACAUAAAUUUCGCCCCCAACUUCACCCCACUCUACUAUAAUCAAUCUGGCCCCCUCAUGCCUCUCCUCUGCAACCCUUUUCACCCUGACAUGACAGAUCGCCAAUGCGACCCUGGUGAAGUUACCUUAAGCAAUGCAACUCAGGUGUACAGUAACUUCGUGUGUCAGGUCUCGCCAAAUGAGAUAUGCAUGACACAAGGGCGUUUGACCCCUUCAUUCUAUAACCAAGUAUCUGCUGGAAUCAACACAGGGAAUGCAUUGUAUAACUAUGCUCCAUCCCUGGUCGACCUUCAAAACUGUAACUUUGUUCGAGAAACAGUCGGUGAGAUAUCUCAGGAUCACUGUCCUGAUCUACGACGGUACAGCAAAUGGGUGUAUGCUGGGUUGGUAAUGGUGGCCACCGCGGUGAUGUUGUCGCUAGUGUUCUGGGUUAUUUUUGGGAGGGAGCGUCGCCAUCGCCUGCAGUCAAAAGAGUUAACGCCUGCACCACCACCGGCACGACCCCGACCCCGACCACGAAUUCCUCGAGAGGACAAAAAUAAUAUGGCACUAGUACCUAGUACUUGACCUCUUUCCACAAGAACAAAUAGAUGUGAACAAACCCAGUUUAGCUUCAAUUUCACGGCUUUUCUUGUCUUUUUCGUUAGGCCCGAAAUUCUGUCAAGUACUUUUUCACGUCAGCGUAGAGGCCCUACUUGGAAUACCGUCUCCGCCAUGUUUGGGGUAAGCAAUUCAUUGAGCCCGGCCCACAAUUGACACUGUUGAAUUCGAAUCAAUUAACGAAUCUGUUGUUCCA